AUGUCAUACACAGGUCACCGAGGCCGGUCCGGGGUGAUCCUACUGGCAGCUGUUCGGGUUUCUCUUAGGUUUGCCAACAUCUGCUGCGGACAAGUGAGACUGCGCCUCUCACCUGGUACCCAAUCUCAGCCGAACCACUCCGCCGCCCCUGCACCCUGUAACGUCAUCCGCCAAGCAUCACGCCCCUCCUCAAGUCGUGAAACCCCAAACUAUCGGACACCAAGGUACAUGACGACCAUCAGCAAGCGAAGAAAGUUCGUGGCCGACGGCGUGUUUUACGCUGAAUUGUCCGAGUUCUUCACCCGUGAACUUGCCGAAGAAGGUUAUUCCGGCUGUGAAGUCCGAGUUACUCAUGCUCGAACUGAGGUCAUUAUCCGAGCCACCCACACUCAAGAGGUUCUUGGACAGAAAGGCCGUCGGAUUCGAGAAUUGACCAGUCUCGUACAGAAGCGAUUCAAAUUCCCCGAAGGAAGUGUCGAACUUUACGCUGAGAAAGUCCAACAACGUGGGCUCUGCGCUGUUGCCCAAUGUGAAUCGCUUCGAUACAAGCUACUCGGUGGUCUCGCUGUUCGUCGUGCUUGCUACGGUGUCCUUCGAUUCAUCAUGGAGUCGAACGCCAAAGGUUGUGAAGUCGUUGUCUCCGGAAAGUUGCGUGCCGCCCGAGCCAAAUCCAUGAAGUUCACCGAUGGUUUCAUGAUUCACUCCGGUCAACCCAGCGUGGACUUCGUUGACCAGGCUGUCCGACACGUCCUCCUCAGACAGGGUGUCCUUGGUAUUAAAGUCAAAAUCAUGCGAGGUAACGACACCGAAGGUCGUGGUGGUGCUCCACCCAAACCAUUGCCUGACAUGGUCACUAUCUUCGAGCCCAAGGAAGAAGUCAUCGUUCAGAUGCCAGUCUCAGAAAACUCCCGACCUGCGGAAAUCAACCCCGCCUAUGGCGAAGGUGGAAUGGAAGCCGCUCCUGAGAACCAGGAACCCCAAGUCGCCCCUCAAGAACCAGAGGCCGAGGAACUGGGUGGUUACUAA